AUGUCAGAUAUUUUUUCGAAUCCUGAAUGCAAACGAGAUGUGCCUUCGUUUAUAGAACCCCGUCCUCCACUUAUUACUAAUCCGUUUAUGAGACGCCGUCCACAAAAGGGCACUAAUCUAAUGGAUUUAUUUGACGAAGAAUCAACGUGUGAUGAACCAGAAUUAGUGCAAGUAUAUUUGCGUUUAAAACCGUGUACUAUCCCCAGCAAUUUAUACGAAGUUCGAGGUGAUAGAUAUUUGAUUACCUCUCUCGACACAACUACAGCGGGCCAUGGACGAAAGACACAACAUCAUGUAUCCAAAAUGUACACAUUUUCACAUAUAUUUCCUGAGAAUAUAUCUCAAAAAGAAAUUUUUGACCAUGUAGUAAAGGAUAAUUUAAAAAAGUUGGCAGAAGGUCGAAGUUUUACCUUGCUUACUUAUGGUGCAUCAGGUUCUGGGAAAACAUAUACACUUAUGGGCACUGUGGCAUCUCCAGGCUUAGUGCCAAGGUCGUUAGAAUAUUUAUUUAAUAAUCUAGAAGUCCAGACACAUCCAGUUUAUAAGCCAGCUGAAAGAGGCUUUGACUCUUUGAGUUAUUCUUCUCAAGAAUAUGAACUAUUGUUUGUGAAGAGAUUAAGGAAAUUAUCUGCCUCAUUAAGAGAUAAAUAUAGAAGAAUGAGCUGUCAACUAAGAACAGACUUAAGGGGUAGUGUUUUAGACUUAUCAAAAUCGAAGCAUUAUAUUUGGGUUUCCUUUAUCGAAAUAUACAAUGAAGGUAUUUAUGACUUACUUGCCGGGUCUGAUCGUAGAGCGGCAAAACUUCAGAUUCGGGAAGAUUCAAAUGGAAAUGUGUAUGUAAAGGGAGCCACUCAAGCCUUUGUCCGCUCUGGUGAAGAAGCAUAUGAUGUAAUGGUAGCUGGAAAACAUAAUUUACAAGUUGCGGCGACCGGUGUACACGCACAAUCAUCGCGCUCACACUGCAUUUUCACCAUUACUAUGCUUACGGAAAAAGAUGGCAGUAUCGUGACGUCAUGUGUACGUCUAUGCGACUUGGCGGGAAGCGAGCGAGCGCGUCGUACGCGCAACACGGGUGCUCGUAUGCAAGAGUCACGUGCGAUUAACACGUCAUUGCACUACCUUAUCGGGAGUCAAAAUUAA